UAAUUAACAUUGCAUUUCUUACCCUUUCCAGCUGUUCUGUUACUCACAGAAACUGAUUUUUGGGGCGGUAAUGGAGAAGUCCGAUUCGUCUUCCGAUGAUGACGACGAUCGGCAGAAUCUGAUCCUGCAGCAUGAGAUCAAGCACUCUCCUUCCCCUCGCGCCGCCGCCUUCCAUGUCGGCGAUGGCCUUGAUCUUCGCUCCGGCUACCGUCGACAUCGUUUCACCUUCAAAAGGAGGUAUCUCUUUGCCAUUUUUCUUCCUCUCUUCCUUAUCCUCCUCUAUUUCUUCUCCGACGUUCGCAGUCUCUUCUCCGGCAAGCUCUCUUCGUCCUUUGGGAUUUAUGAUUCUCUCAGUCAUCGAAUGAGAGAAUCUGAACUGCACGCAUUGUAUUUGUUGAAGCAGCAGCAGUUAGGUCUUUUGUCUAUUUGGAAUCAGUCGUCCAGUUCUGAAUCCAAUUCUACAUUUAGUGUCACCUCCGAUAAUUUGUUGAAUUCGUCCUCUCCGUUCCUCGAGGACCUCAAAUUGUCGUUAUUCAGGCAGAUUUCGCUGAAUAAAGAGAUCCAAAACGUUCUUUUGUCGCCACAUAAAUCUGGGAACUCGUCGUCGAUUGAAGUAGGCGAAGGCGACCCUGCUUUUGUUGGUUCUGGUUUCGAUAGGUGUAGAAAGGUGGACCAGGACUUGUCCCGUAGACGGACUAUCGAAUGGAAUCCGAAAUCGAAUAAGUAUUUGUUUGCCAUCUGCGCUUCAGGACAAAUGUCGAAUCAUUUGAUUUGCUUAGAGAAGCAUAUGUUCUUUGCGGCCAUUCUUAAUCGAGUUUUGGUUAUUCCUAGUUCCAAACUGGAUUAUCAGUACAGUAGGGUGUUGGAUGUAGAUCACGUCAAUAAAUGCUUGGGUGGAAAAGUUGUCAUCUCUUUUGAAGAGUUUUCCGAGAUUCAGAAGAAGCACCUGCAGAUCGAUAAGUUCAUCUGCUAUAUCUCAAAACCUAAUCCCUGUUAUUUCGAUGAGGAACAUGUUAAGAAGUUAAACAAUUUAGGGGUUUCCACGGGCAAACUCGAGUCUCCUUGGGAUGAGAAUAUUCAGAGGCCCAAUAAAAGAACAGUUCAAGAUAUCGAGUCCAAGUUCUCUUCUAAUGACGAUGUUAUUGCCAUUGGAGAUGUUUUCUAUGCUGAUGUAGAGAAUGACUGGUUUAUGCAACCAGGUGGUCCUAUUGCCCACAAAUGCAAGACCCUGAUCGAACCUAGUCAUCUUAUUAUGGUCACUGCCCAGCGUUUUAUUCAGACUUUUCUGGGGAGCGAUUUCAUAGCUCUUCAUUUCAGACGGCAUGGGUUUUUGAAGUUCUGUAAUGCAAAACGGCCAAGUUGCUUUUACCCUAUUCCUCAAGCUGCAGACUGCAUCACAACUGUAGUUGAACGGUCCAAUUCACCUGUCAUUUAUCUUUCCACAGAUGCUGCAGACAGUGAAACUGGACUGCUGCAGUCCCUUGUUGUAGUGAAUGGAAAGCCCGUACCACUUGUAAAACGACCGCCUCGAAAUUAUGCUGAGAAAUGGGAUGCUUUAUUGUACAGGCAUGAGAUUGAGGGAGAUUCUCAGGUGGAAGCCAUGCUGGAUAAGACCAUCUGUGCUAUGUCGAGAGUGUUCAUUGGAACAUCGGGUUCCACUUUUACAGAGGACAUUUUGCGUUUAAGAAAGGACUGGGGAUCGGCCUCCCUAUGUGAUGAAUAUCUCUGUCAAGGUCAGAACCCAAAUUUUAUUGCAGAAAAUGAAUGAGCAACAGAUUUUUUUUUUCCUUUAAACAACCGAUUCUUUGAUUCAAUCCAUUUUUAGCCAUUGGAUUUUGCUUUCACUUGAAAUUAGUGAGCAUGUAUCAUAGUGUAAGAUCUCUGUAGAAUUGGCAGUGUGCAAAAAGAGGAACAAAAAAGGGAACCAAAAGUUUGUUCAAGAGAUUGAAGUGUUGUUUGUUGUAACAUAUUCAGCCUUUUAGUGAAUGAAAUAAUGAAUGAAGAAUGCAAUUGUAUGACA